CGGUUGUGGUUUUGUUGUUGUUAUUGUUUCGGUUUCUUCCAUAAGGGGAGAGAGGAAGAUAUGCUAGCGCUUCCCAAAGGUUCCCUCGAUGCAAGGCUAGCAGAUGGCGUGUUCUUAUUUUACUUAUUUCUAGCCCUCCUUCUGUUUCUAGUUCUGCUUUUUGGGGGACUAACGUCAAUACAUAUCACUUUCUUAAAAGAUAUAUUUGUUUUGGAAAGGGCUGAGUAAUGAAAGUAUGGAUCAGGACUUAAACCUUAUUAUCCAUUCCAGGGAUAGUGUCUAGGUUGCUCUUACGUGGUUAUGUUUGCUCCAUACCUGUUAGCAGGUCAUCAGGUGUGACUGAAGAUGGAAACUAAAAACGAUGCUGAUGGAUACCGAGGAAAUUGUCUUCUGCUGACCGUUAUCCAGCCUUACUUCUAGUUAUACCGACACUCACCCUACCAUCUCAGCACACUUGCCUAACAUACAGAUUUCAUUACUGGAGGUGUCAAGGCUUGAGAUCUUGGAGCAGAGUUCUAUCAACCAGUUGUCAGGACCUUAAAAAGAAACUUGCCUUUUGGGGUAGAUUAUUCCAGAAUGUCUGCUGCAAUGUCAUUUGAAGUAGCUUGCACUGGGUACAGCCAUUAUGGACUGCUGGACUGACUAUGAUCUGGACUGCUGGGUUCCUGUAUUUGUAAUUUAAAUAUACAGCUCUAAAAUGAGACAGAACUUCAAAGGGUUGCUUUAUAAGAAAAUGAUGUCUACAAAUAAUAUUAGACAUAAUUUCUGCACUUAAUCCUGUCGUUUUUCUGUUAGACAAACUCUUACCUACCUUCUUUAAGAGAAGCAGAAACUUUGCUCUGUCUUACUAGAGUCUGCCUACCCUCAGGAAGCAGCUGAAGGUUGUGACAAGUAUGUAGUAUGGGAGGCCACAAUGUAACUAUACAUUUUUCUGAUUUUCAUAGUUUUUAGUUUCAGCCUUCCAGUGUUCUCAUUCUGGGUGUGGGAAGAAGAGGGCAUUUCUAAGGCCAUGUCUCUCCUAGGAGUGCACUGCAGUUCAUCGAUGGAGAAGGUGUUAAAAACUGCCUGCAGCAAUAUGGAAGCAUGGAGACAAAAUAGUCAUCUAUUGAGACCCUCAAGGAAUUAUUGGGCAAAGUGAUGGAAAUGAAGAGCUUGAACCAUCACUUCAGCAUGGCGGCAGCUGAAUCUGACAAGGACUCUGGAUAUUCAGAUGGAAGUUCAGAGUGCCUAAGUGCUAUGGAGCAGACUGACUCGGAGGACGUGCUGAGUGCGUUGUGUUGGAACGCAGAGGAUGGGCCUUGGCCAUGUCCAAUGACCACAAGCAACUCCUUUCCUGCACUUUCUCCUAUGGUCGUAAUGAAAAAUGUGUUAGUUAAGCAGGGGAGUUCAUCACAGCUCCAAUCUUGGACUGUGCAGCCAUCCUUUGAAGUGAUUCCGGCUCAGCCACAGCUAGUGUUUCUUCGUCCAUCAAUCCCACCUCCCAUUAACCCUUAUCCUGUUGGGAAAAAGAGGAAUGACUCCACUAAUUACCUGCCCAUCCUGAAUUCUUAUCCCAAAAUAGCACCACAGCCCUGCAAAAGAGAUCACUCCUUUGAUCUAGAAGAACGUCAGGAAACAAAUUGCCAUAAACGAUUCUGCACAGAAGCACCCAAGAUGGAGACUUCUCCUGUAUCAAGGAGCACAGGCUUGCCUACUAGUCCUUUUGCCCACCUACCAGUUAGCUUUAAGACCCCUCAGGAUUCUCACCAGCAAAGUUCUUCAACUCUGGUGACAAGUGGAAAACUGCCAGCUCUUCCUGGUUUUCAUCGUGUUUCCAGUAACACUCAGAAAGUGCCAGGUUUGACUCCCCUUUUGCCUUUUGGAACUCUGCAGUCAACAAAAUGCACCCCUCCUGAGAGCGAGAGUGCAGCACAGACUACGGUGCAAUCUGCAGUGUGGAGCCCCCCAUUGAUACCAGAAGAGAUUUGCACUACCCCUGAGCUGCUUUUGCAACAACAGAGCAAGUGCAGACGCUUUCAGAAUACACUCGUCGUGCUACGCAGGUCGGGAUUGCUGGAGAUCACUUUAAAAACGAAGGAGCUCAUUCAUCAGAACCAGGUGACUCAGGCUGAGCUUGACCGGCUGAAGCACCAAACACAGCUUUUCAUUGAGGCAAUAAAGAACAAUGCUCCACAGUCAUGGGCAGAGCUAGAAGCUUCUCUAGCAGGAUCUGAUAAAGCUGACAGAAACCUGGAAGACCCCACGUAUCCCAACAUGUAGUAGAAAGGUACAUAGCUGUUGAUCAAGUUAUUUCUGUGCCUCCUAUUUCCUGUCUCAAGCUUUUACUUGAGCAUUUUCUGAGUCCAAGACUUGCGAAGUGGCAUGUUGUUAACAGCUUGUCUUGUGGGACUGGAAUAGCAUGGUGGGGUCUUGACAGAGUGGGUACUUACUACUUCAGUGUGACCUCGAACUCCAUGCUGACUCUGUGUACUUCCUUGGACUUGAGAAGCUUGGAAGUGCUCUGCUGGCAUGUUCCCAUUCUUGCCGUGAAAAAGACAGUCAUUUGCAGUAUUCUGCAAGCAAGCAUCUUCCUAUUCCUAUCUUCAGACAGUCAAUUUUGAGAAUGGAACAACAGAACAGGCCCCAAUAUUAGGCCAUCGUCAGUUGCAAGUAGAUGAAGGGAGUUGGUGUGAGGAGAGGAAACUUACAUUGAUGGGGUGGUAUCUUGAGGCUAUUGCUGUCCCUUGUAGCAGUCUUACACUGGGGUUUUAACAUGUUUGAAUUAGUGGAGAUCUGUUUAUGCUGAAGCAGCAUUCUAUAUUCUUUGCAGUCUUUGGUCAAAGGUGUCUUAGGACCCAAGUGAAAUUAAAUGUUUUGAUGAUCUCCCUAAAAAUUUUAUCUACUUGAGUUUGAACUUUCUUUAAAAAACAAAAACAAAAAACCAACAACCCAAACCACAUAAAUUUAUAUAAUUCCUAGCCUGCUUGCCUUGAGAUAUAGCAAACACCACUUUGUGCAUGAGAUAUUAGGCCUUACUAGUAAAGAUCCACAGUAGUCAUGUUAAAAAAGCAGUUCUACAGGCAUUUAUUUAAUUUCAGUUUAUCUAGACACUUAACUGUGUCACCCCCUCCAGUCUGAAGGGUGUUUCUUCAGAGGCAGUCUGUGUAGAGAACUAAGAAUGGCUUUGUCUAAGAAUGUUAUGGAAGCUGGAUUGUUUAUGCUAUGUUCCUUUAUGUGUGACAAUGUUUUUAAAAAAUUGUGAAAUCUAGGUGACGGGGUAUUUUGAUGCUUUGAUCACUUCUGUCAUCUGAUUCUUAAAAAAAGAAAGUUGAAAGUGGAGUGUAUGUCUUGCUAAUUUCUGACUAGACAUUUGCAUUUUUUGAUGCCUCUGGGAAUCAAUAUUGCAGAAGACUGUAGAGAAUGUUUUUGUAGUCUUCCUCAAAUAUGUGCAUUAGAGAAAUUGUAAGGGGCUUUUCUUUUGUAAGGGGUUUCGCCCUUUUCACACUGAUGAAAAGAAAUGCUGUACAUGACUGACAAAGAGGAGAAUUGGAGUCAUAUUUGUACUAGCCAUAGGCUGAGAGGAAUUUUGUGGCAGGAUUUGCCCUGGUGCAGCUGUAGCAAACUAGUAGCCAUGCCUCUCAUGGUAUCCUGCCCACCUGCGGAAGACUAGUGCAGUAUGUGGGAAUUAAUUAAAAGAAAAGUGUUCGUAGACAGUGUUCUGCAACGUGCUUUUUUUUAAAUACACCUGCUAUAAUUGUGCAUGCUUGGAUGCCUCAUAACUUGCAGCACAGCAAUAUCAAAACUCAGCCAGCAAACCUGGAAGGCAGCAUAGUACAGUGUAAUAAUGUAGGACAUGUCCGAUGUAGCUCUUUCAGAUUAGUCGUCAUAUCUGCACAGAAUGACGUUUGGCAGGAUAGAUGUAUUGGUACCUUAGGCCAUUUGUGAAACAAUCCCAAAAGAUAAGCUUGUUUCUUCUGAGCUUCUUACAGGAAGGAGAGGAGGCAGUAGGAGGCAGUUCCUUCGAUCUGAUACCUGUAAUAGGCCUAAAGGUGUGAUGUGAGAAAAUGCAUAUGAUAUCUUUCCUACUUCUCCUAAAAUUCUUCUACCCACUGAAUAGAGAGGAUAAUUUGAAGUUCAGAAUAUAUGUAUUUUUAGGAAGUGCUUGUCCUAGAAAACAAGAUGAUGAAUUCAGGCUACUUAGAGAUGAAAGAAAGUCAGAAAAAAAGUCCAAUCUUGUUUGAGACAAGAAAAUGUGAGUCUACCGGUGACUUCUUCAUCUUAUUUCCACUGCUCUGACAGAGAGUAAGAGAAAUUUGGCCUUGCAGGGUAAAACCCUCUGACUUAGGGAGUCUCUAGCUGAUAGAAAUAUCUCAGUCCACACAGAACCACAUUUAUUUUUUUCUCCCCUGACAGCAUUGAAAGUGGGCUGAAGUGGGUGUGCUUAUAGCUGAUGGGCCUUUCAGCUGGUGUAAUUUGUAUAAAUAUAUAUUCAAUAAAUCUGUGAAUAAAGUCCAGCAGCUGGCUAGAAAUCUCCUACUGGGCAUCAGUCCAAACUUAAAUAGUAUUUGCUGAACUAGAAAAAUCUACUCUGAAACUAUUAUAUGUAAAUCUGGGGUCCCUUAGGAACCAUAUCCCUAGAUAACCGCAAAUCUUGAUGCAACAUCUAUUUAAGAAGGAUGUUGAAGGUCUCUAGUGAUAGGUAGGUCAUCAAAUACCAUUCUAUUCAGUUUCUCUUAGCUGCCUUUAUUCCUGGAAGCCCUGAUAAACCUUUAAACAAUAUGGGUUUCCUUUUUUGGCUGCAACUUAAUAGCUUGGAACUGUGUUGAGAAAAUUAGUUGACUGCAUCAGUACCAGAAUAGGUCCUGAUUCUGGGCAGGAUCUGGAAGUGGUCCAGUAGAUUUGAGCAGAAACAUUAACCGCUGAUUGGAAACCUGUAAGCAGUGAAUUUACAGAUUUUUUUUUUUUUUUUUUUUUUUGACCUUUGAAGCAGCAAGACUUUGUAUUAACAAGUUAGAUGAAGACAGCUGUCCCAGUCUAAAAAGUCAAUCGGAUGGUCCGCUGGGGCUUGAGUUGCUGCUGACAACUAGCAGGUGGGGUAGCUUCAUGGGUCAGAGAGACUGCUGGUUUUCUAUUAAGUUUUAUUAAAAGUUGGUAUUUUUGAUUAUUUUUACUAUGUAUUUUUGAAAUUCUACGGCUCUAGUUGGAAUGUAAAGAUUUUCUGUACUUUCUAAGUCUGUUGCCAGCUCUAAAUACAGUAGCCUAAGAACUCUGUUAUAGAACAUGACCUUUUUGUUAAACCUUUACAGAAACAGACUGUGAAAUAUGAAUGAAAUAAAGUAUAUACUUGAAAA